AGUUUCAAGACGUUCAAUGGAAAUGAUGCGUGUAAGAGCAACAGAUCCUAGACCGUGUCCGAAAUGUGGAAAAAUAUACAGAUCAGCCCACACGUUGAGGACACAUUUAGAAGACAAACAUACGAUUUGUCCAGGUUACAGAUGCGUCUUGUGUGGUACAGUGGCAAAGUCUAGGAAUUCAUUGCAUUCUCACAUGUCCAGGCAGCAUAGAGGGAUUAGUACGAAAGAUUUACCAGUCGUUCCCAUGCCAGCUCCCUUUGACCCUGAACUUGCCAGCAAACUACUGGCAAAAGCAAAUAUUCACGUUAGCCCGGCAGAGUUGAGAGCGAGAGCGUCGCCAACAGGGCCGAGACGGUCGGAUAUGAAGCUGGAUGCAAAAAGUGCGUUUUCGGGAGCGCCCUCGGAAGCAGGAAGUUCGAUAUGUGGAGACAAUGAUCCAGAAGAUCUGACUAUGUCUAGCCAUCGAUACGGUGGCUUAGAUUUUACAAUGUCUCCACCAUUAAACCACCAUAACAACCCCAAUAUGAAAUUCAACCGAGUGAGUCAGUCCGGGAAGGCGAUAGCUGCUAAAAGUAUUGAUACGAUUGCUCAAAAUAUGUCGAAAGAACCGUUUCCGGCUCCGAUGGUGUCUCCUGUGACGUCGACAAAUACGACUGGAUCGGCAAUUCUAGACACUUACCUCCAGUUUAUCACCGAAAACAGUCUGAGUAUGGGUAUGAUGUCGGAACAAGCUGCCGCUGCUAUGCAUGCGGCCAAAAUGGCGCACCUCAAUGCCAGCUUGGGUCUGGACAAAACGUCACAGCACUUUUUGGAAAAGAUGCAACAACAGAUGGGAGUGACGAACGACUUGAUGAAUAAAUCAGAAGAAAUUCGAAGGAAUAACGACGAAUCGGUCGCUAUAGAUCGCGGAGGUGACAAGGAUCAAGACGAUAUUAUCUCUUCAGGAGGGGAAGAGGACGAUUACAGUGAAGAAGAAGCUGAACCCGAAAGUUUGAAAGCUGGCGAAUAAAUUAUUUUAGGUCCGUUUAUGAAAAUACUCGAGUUAUGUAUGAAUGUAUGUAGGGUGCUGUUUGCCAGUUAUAAUGCUGCCAUUUAUCUUGCCAUUGACGACUGUCUGUCAGGGAAAACAAAUUCAUUUCGUUAUAAUUCCAUCCAUCUACCUCAAAUCAAUAUUUCUUUUUGUUUUUCUUUUUUUAAUAUGUAUACAAGAUUAUAUAACCAUAGUAUUUUCCAGUAUUCUUAAAACAGAUAUUCUCAAACAAAUAACUAUUCCAUCCGUCUACCUCAAGAAAAAAGGAAAUAGAUUAUACGAGUUGAUAAGGGUCUAGACGUAUACGGUUUAAUAUUGUUUAAGGUAAGUUUAAAAUUAUGGAAAUCAAGCUUCGGAGUUAAUUGCAAUAAGACGCAUAGACUUGAUAUUAAAAAGAAAAUAAAUUUAUAUUGUGCCAGAAAUGAUAAUAAUGUAGUUUAAUAUUACCUAUUAGAAUUUUCACUACAACCGUUAAGACUACACCGUUUUCCCCCUAUAAUAUACAUUUUUCGGUUCUAUUUACAGUUCAGGUGUCGAUCAAACUGGUACAACAAAGUUGCCAAAAUUAAUUUCGCAAAUACCGAAAGUAGGAGAUUUUUAAAGUUAAUUUGAUACCAAAGUUAACAGUUAUCUUUAUUGAUUUUUGCAAAUUUGUUUUUCUUUUUAGCAUUGCACACCUCUUAAAGGUUAGGUUAGGUUUGUUAGUCAGGACAACCUCAACUAACCAUAACCUAAGCUUCGGAAAAAAUAUAACAUUAAUAAAAAACAGAAAUUAGUAGAAAAUCAGUAAACGUUAAUUGUCAGCAUUGAAUUUCUAACUGUGGCAUCAAAUUGGCCCCUAAUUUCGCCAUUUGGCAUUGUGGUGUACCAGCUUGAGGGCCAUCCAGUUCAUUCCAACAAUCCUUUGUAAUCAAAUUACAUAUUAUUGAUAUCUAAACGUGCAAAAAGUAUAUGACGAUAUUUUUGUACAAUAUUUAAAAGGAGAAGUAACGUUGUCACAAAUUUUAAUGCAAUACUUAGAAAUAGUAAGAUCGGUUUUUCGUCUUUGUUUACAAACUCUUCCAUGUAACAUAAAUAUACGCUUCCAUAUUAAAGCAAUUUAGAUGUAUACCGAAACAAUCAUCGCCGUUGUAUUGUAUGUAGGUAUUGUAUGUAAUACUACUACUUACUUCUACUUCUUACUACUCACGCGAAAAGGAAAACAAACAUCAUUAAUUCACUCAGGUUCGUAAUCAUUUGCUAUCUAAAAUUGCAGUACAAAGGAAACGUUUUAAUACUUAUGUAUAUAUAUUUUAUUAUAAUGGAAGAUAUUAACUUCUACUCAACCUACAUCAGGGAUUAAAAGCGUGUACCUCUGAAAUUUUAUGAAAUAUUUACACAAUAGUGGCCAAUUUGUACUUUCGGUCAGGUUGCGGUCAAUAGCGAUUAAAGUAUGGACAUAUAGUGGACAGUUUGGCGGUCAGAUGCAUGUACACGAUAAUUUGAGAAGCAUUUUUACAAUUUUAAAUAACGAACGUUCAACCCACUGUCUAACGAUAAGGUCGAUUAUCAGGGGCGCACUUACGAGAUAUUUUAUUCCACUUUUUAUUUCAAGAUAUAUCGAUUAUCUGACAAGGACUAUGAAUAAAAUUAAAUUUGUUUUUAAUAAGAAUAUUUGCUAUUAAGAUCGUCGGCCUAAGUACGGAUCUCAUAUCUGCGAACGAUGAGAUCUCUUAAUGGUUAGUGAACUCUACUUUACAUAUUUCUUUCGUUAUUGAUCUAUUACCUUAUUGAAAGUAUAAAUUAGCCAUAAUAGUCCAACAAUCAGUGAUACUUUCAGGUUAGUUUCAUAAGAAAUAAUUCAGUUCAGGAUAUAUGUAUAAAU